UCCCCAUCAGGGCAGAGCCCUUCCUGGGGAGUUUAGUUCUCAGGUUGACUUCAGCCCUCAGCUGUGGGCCACAACACACAGUCUGGAAGCCUGUGAGGAGAUCAAUGGAUCAGAGCUCACCCUCCGAGGCCCCUGGCCCGAGUUGGGAGAUGGAAGGUAGUAGCUUCAUCAACAGACCUCAGUUAAUGGCUCCCUGUCACCUGUGCAGUUUUAAGACCCAAUAUGAAAAACAGUUAGUUGGCUGAACCUUGAAUCUUCAGGUUGCAUACCUGUAUCAUAACACUGAGGAUGUCCACAGAAGAUAAGAACUCAGAGACGAUUCCCUUCGAACCUAUGUUCCUGACCUUCAAAAGACAUAAAGUGAUGAUUUCAAAUGCAAUAAAAAAGCCAUUUCCUUUUCUUGAGGUACUCCGUGACAGCUCUCUCAUCACUGAAAAAAUGUAUGAAGAUUUUAAAGAUUCCUGUACAAACCUGGUUCCUGUGCAAAAUGUGGUCUACAGAGCCCUGGAAGAACUGGAGAAGAAAUUUAAUGAGAAUUUUCUACCAGUAUUGUUCAGUCCUGUAAAUCUGAGUGAAUACCCUGAUUUGGAACCCAUUUCCGAAAACUUUGAUAAUGUCUUACCACAGAAUGAAUUGUGUUUCGAAGGAACUGAUAGAGGAGACCUGAACUCACAGCUCAGUCUUGAACAAGGCACAGCAUCUACCACACCCACCAAUGAAGAGGGACAGGCAAUUAUCCCAAGACCUCCUGCCAUGACUUCUAAGAGUAUUGUCUACUAAUUGUUUGUUUUCCAUCUCUGUGGCCUUAGGGAAAACCCAACAAGCCCAGAGUGAACAAAGAAGAACAUAACUGCCCCACGACCUUCUGCCUUGAUGUCUGAGGCCCUCAUCUGCAUAUUGUUAGUUGUUCAUCUCUGGCAUGUUAUAGUUUUAAAAUUCAGUGAUGAUAAUAAAAAGUGGAUUGUAUUAUA